UCGUUUGGACAUUUGAUGUGGUCAAUAAACAGAUCCUGACGUUGCUUGUCAUCUACUACGACGCUUCCUUCUAAGCUUCAUGCUAUUAUAUAUAUAUAUGACUCGGUAGAACGAGAGGCAUUACAUUCAAAGAAGAGCAGCUCAACGUUUGCGAAAAAUGGAGAAAUCACAAGCCAAGCCGAAGAGCAAGAAGGUGUUGAAGUUCUUGCCGAGAACAGUUUCGUCCAUCAGCUUCUUCCAAAACCCUCCUUUUAGCCCUGGUAGAGACAAGAGAUCAUCUUCUUCGUCAUGGUAUUCAUCAGAGCUCAUCAACAGCACAAAGUGCAGGCUCAGAUCCCAUGUCGGUAAAGGUUUCUCCGGUCCACUCAUAUCCCUAAUUCCUUACGAAGCUCGAACCAAGAACAAUAAUGAUCGAGAUUUCGACGAGAACGAACCCACAUCGCCGAAAGUCUCGUGCAUGGGCCAGAUCAAGCACAAAAACAAGACCAAGAAAUCGUGGCCGUCGUCAGCUGAUAAACGUUCUUCCUUUUCCUCAUCUGCGUCUUCUUCAUUUUCCAAGUUGAACCGGGAUGCCGAUAAGCCUCCGAGACCGAGUAAUUCUCAUGAGCUGAAGAAGCAGAGCUCAACGUUAAAGAGAAUAUUCAGCAGAGCUAGAGGAGGCAACAAGAAGAAACCGUCUGAUGCGUCGGGAAAUAAUUGCCGGAAGCCACCGUUGCUUCCCGAUAGAGCCCCGUCCUUGAGUCAGAUGAAACGGUUUGCGAGCGGGAGGGACGCGAUGGCAAGCUUCGACUGGUCGGCUGAGGUCGGGCCGGUGUUGGAAGCCGACCACCGGGACUACUAUCACUACUACUCGGAUGAAGAGCGGAGAGAGAGUGAUCAAGAAGAGGAGGAUGAGAAAGUGAUCGUUCCUUUCUCCGCACCAAUUCCGAUUGGUGGCGGCCGCGGCGGGGUGAAUCCGCAACCGAGGAAAGAGAUCAACCUGUGGAAGAGAAGGACCAUGGCUCCUCCUAGGCCUCUCGAAUUGCACCAACCCGCCAUGGUUAGAGCAAAUUGAAAUUGGAUUAUCCAAGUUUCAUUAGUUCUUUCUCUCGGCUCUGUAAUUUUCUGCUCCUGCCAAUUCUUUUCUUUCUUUCGAAUUCUUUUGUGUAAUUCUUGUGUUAAAUUGCUUUGCUGGUGCACAAAAAAAUCUGUAUGUGGUGAUAUAGCCAGUAGGAAUGUGCAUAGAUGACCAUAUUACAUAUCUGCAAACGAUGUCAAUCUUCUGCUAUUACAUAUUGGAAAUUUGCUCA